AUGGCGGCGGGGAGCCUGGAUCACCUACGUCUGAGUCCGAUGCUGGAGACAGCCAAAGGCAGCUUCACUAAUGCAAACUUACUCCCUGCUACAGAUGCAUCAGUGAGUACCAUGCUGAAUGACUUAAAAGCAGCCCUGCGCUCAGACUUCCUGAAAAUAGUGUCGGACAUUAGAGCAGACAUUCAGGCCCUAGGCGACAGGACAGCUCAUCUUGAAGAGAAAACAGAAGAGAUGCUGGACGCACAUAACAAACUCACAGAUGCACACACGGCAUUAGAGAACAAAGUCAGAUUUCUAGAAGGAAAAAUUGCAGACAACGAAGACCGGGACAGGAGGAAUAAUAUCAGGCUGCGUGGUGUCCCCGAAACCAUAGGGCCGCAGGACCUGACUAAAUUUGUACAGAAACUGUUCAAAACCCUAAUCCCAACAUUGGAAGAAGCAGAUCUCCUCCUAGAUAAGACCCACAGACUACACAAACCCAGACAUCUACCGGCAUCAAUACCCAGAGACGUCAUUACCAUGGUACAUUACUUUCUGGUCAAAGACCAAUUAAUGCAAGCUUCCAGACUCACUACCACCCUCCCAGGAGAAUAUGCCGAUAUAAAAUUGUUAAUUGACCUAUCAGCAGCCACCACUUACAAGAGGCAGACAUUCGCGCCCAUCACUGCUGCCCUACGCAAUGCUAACAUACUGUACAAGUGGGGAUUUCAAGCCAAGUUACUAAUCAAAAGGAAUGGAGUAGACAGAGCUAUCCUCACACCUGAAGAAGGCUUGAAAGCCCUAAAGGACUGGAAUAUACCUGUCCUGCCAAGCGACAAUCUGAGAUCACCAGGCCACCACAAAAAAUGUUGA